CCCCUACUAUCUGAAAAUAGCAGUUCUUUCAAACACUUUCAUGAGCAGUUUCAGCAAAAUUUCCAAUUAGAUUAUCCUGAGGAAGAUAACACUGAGCCUGGAAUUCAUGCGCUACGAGCUUGUGAUAGCAUUAUGACUAUUACACAGGCGAUAGUGAAAUCAGCUGGUAAAAUGAAUUCCUCAAAAAUGUUGGAAAGUAUUUUAUCAAGCAACUUCACAGGUUUAAGUGGAGAAUUGCGAUUUGAAGAGGGAAGACUUUCAAGCUACCAAAAAUUUAGUAUAGUGAACAUUGGCAAUCAGGAAAACAAUAACCUUGGCUUUUGGUCAUCAGAGUUGGGGUUCUCAGAUAGCCCUAGUACCAUGAAAAAAUUGGCUGGUUUCGCGGAGGUGUUAAGGCCUGGGGACCCAAAGCGAAUCCUGAGAGAAGGGGUGAUACUAGCUGAUCUUUAUGCAAGACCAAUGAAUAUUGCAGUUCCUGGUAUAGUCUCUUUUAAGGAAUUCCUUAGCCCAGAUAAGAAGAGGUUUACUGGUUUUUGUAUCAGUGUUUAUGAGGAGGUGAAAAAGAUUUUGGAGGACGAUCAUAUUUAUAGUCUACCGUCUACUACAGAAUUUCACCAGUACAAUGGAAGCUACAAUGAUUUGGUUGAAUCGGUUCAUAACGAGACUUUUGAUGCUGCUGUUGGUGACAUAACGAUAACAACUGAGCGUUGGGACCAAGUGGAAUUUACAGUACCUUUUAUCGAGUCAGGUUUGCUUAUAGUAGUUCCAGUGAAGCCAAGAACUUCAAAAGCAUGGUUGUUUCUGAAGCCUUUCACCAUGAAAAUGUGGGUGGCGACGGGGGCAAUCUUCUUCUACACAAUGUUCAUAGUUUGGUUCUUGGAGCAACGUUCCAAUCCAGAAUUUAGUGGCCCAUGGAAGGAACAACUUGGCAAUGUGCUUUGGUUCACCUUCUCUACUCUGUUCUUUGCUCACAGGGAGAAGAUUAAAAGCAACUAUACUCGAACCGUGAUCGUGGUGUGGCUUUUUGUGGUGUUGAUCUUAAUAGAAAGCUACGCUGCGAGCCUCACUUCAAUGCUCACCUUCUCAAGACUCCAGUCACCUGUGAGAGAUAUCGAGUGGAUAAAGACAACAAAUGCAAUAGUGGGGUGCGAUGGUGCUGCAUUUGUUAGGAAGUACUUGGAGGAUGAUGAGCUUUCUGAACCAGGUAACAUCAUCGACAUCGGCAGCGAAAGCGAGUUCCAGACUGCAUUCAAGAAUGGCAGGAUUCAAGCAGCAGUUCUUGAAGUUCCUCAUGCCAAAGUUUUUGUCAACAAACACUGCAAGCCGUACGCGUAUGGCGAUGGAUCAUUCACCAGAAGAUUUGGAGGAUUAGGCUUCGUCUUUCAAAAAGGUUCUACAUUAGCUGCUAAUGUUUCUAGAGCCAUUCUUAAACUAUCAGAAAAUGGAAAGAUAAAAGAAUUAGAGAAACAGUUGUUUACUCCCUCCUCGGAGUGUUUGAAGUCCCAAACUAUCGAAGAAAAUGAUAGCUUGACCAUUGAGGACUUCUUAGGCCUCUAUGUAAUCUAUGCAGCCACUUCCACCAUUUGCUUUCUACUAUAUUUAUUGAAAAGGAAAAUGGGGAAAAUUGGGCCAACUCCAGAGAGCGCUCCAACUUCUGGUGGUCAGAUUCAAAUGACUUAA